AGUGAAACCAAGAGGGAUUUUUGAGGAAAAAACCCUGAGGAGAUAUGGCUACCAUUUCCUCUUCAGUAACAGAGCAUUCUCCCUCAUCUCCUCACCCCCCCUACUCUAUAUUCCGGCGCCGGGCCCAAGGAAAUGGCAAGGAUGAGGGGGAGGAAGACUCAAGGGUGGAAAUGAAACUCUCUCAACCAGAAUCAGAGGAGAGUCUUAUGUCCGGACUGAGCAGUGAUGUCACCACCUUGGUCCUACAGCAGCCCAGGAAUUUCAGGAAAGCUGUGUUCUACCUCACUCUCACCUCACUGCUCAUCUUCACCACAGCAUUCCUUUUGGGCUAUGUGGCAUUCCGGAGCUCAUGCAAUUACUGCGGGGACACAGACGACGAGCUGGUGCCUGUGGAUGACAGGGCUGACUUAGACUACUCUUCCGAGGGAGGCAGGAUGCACCUGGGGGAGCUGAGAGACAUGCUAAGAAAAUACCUGAAAGAGGAAAAGAUCGAGAGCACGGUCAGGCGAAUGAGUCGCGAGACCCAUCCCCCAGGGUCCUCGGAGGGGAAUGCACUUGCCAGUGAGAUCCUGCAGAACUUUCGCAAGCUGCGCAUGGACCACACCUGGACGGACUCACACUAUGCCACACUGCAGUUCCCCUCCAGGAUGCAGAGGAACUCUCUGGUGAUUGUGGAUGCUAAUGGGGAGCUCCUGGAGGACAUCCCUCUGGGGAACCCCCUGGAUUACUGUGCCUACAGUGGCACUGGUACCGCCACGGGUGGCAUUGUGUAUGUGAAUUAUGGGCGGAAGGAGGACUUCGACUUGCUGCGCUCCCUCAGGGUGUCAGUGGGUGGUGCUGUGGCAGUGGCACGGGUUGGCGGAGGUGUGAGCUUUGCAGAGAAGGUUUGGCAUGCUCAGCAGGCAGGCCUGGGUGGGGUGCUGAUCUAUCCCGAUCCUGCCGAUGUUCCACAGGACCCCCGCAGGCUAGGCCUGUACAGCAGUGCAGCUAUCUCUGAGCAUGUACACCUAGGGUCAGGUGACCCCUUUACUCCUGGCUUCCCCUCCUUUAACCACACUCAGUUCCCGCCCACACAGUCGUCUGGCCUGCCACUCAUUCCUGCACAGCCAAUUAGUGCUAAUGUAGCCUCGAAACUACUGAGUCAGCUGACUGGUCCAGAGUGCCCGCGAGGCUGGCAGGGUCGGCUGCCGUAUGUCCACUGUGCGCUGGGUCCAGAGCUCAGCUCAGGCGAGGGCCGCAGGGUGAGAAUGGGCGUCUACAACACCAUGAGGCCCGUGCUGCUCAAUAACAUCUUCGCCUCUAUUGAGGGCAAGAUUGAGCCGGAUCAGUACAUCAUUGUGGGAGCCCAACGGGACUCAUGGGGCCCUGGAGCAGCGAAGGCAGGAGUGGGCACAGCCAUCCUGAUGGAGCUAGCCCGUACCUUCAGCGCCAUGGUGGAGAAUGGGUUCUACCCAAGAAGGAGCUUGCUGUUUGCCAGCUGGGACGCAGGGGACUUUGGUAGUGUUGGUGCCACUGAGUGGUUGGAGGGUUACCUCUCUAUGCUGCACCUGAAAGCUGUGGCAUAUUUCAGCCUGGACAGGGCUGUGCUUGGUGAUGACAAUCUAGCAGCAUACACCAGCCCCCUGUUAGCUGAUCUCAUCGAGGGAGUCAUCAAGCAGGUGGAGCACCCAAAGCAUUCUGGCCACACCAUCUAUUCCUACACCGAGAGCCUGGAAAACAGUUGGAGGUUCCACAUAGUGAAGCCACUGUAUCUGAACAGCGGGGCCUACAGUUUCACAGCAUUUGGAGGAGUGCCAGCUAUGGAGCUUCGCUUCACUGAGGAUGUGCGUCCAUACCCCUUUGUGAACACACACUUUGACACACUGGAGAGGCUGCAGGAGAUGCUGCAGGGGCGCGUGGGGGUCCUGGGUCGCAGUGUGGGGGAGCUGGUGGGACUAAUGGUUCUGCGCUUGGCCCAUGACCACAUCCUACCGCUGGAUGUCACCUGUUACAGCGACACCGCCCUGCACCUUAGCUCCCAGCUCAACAAGUUCUCCAGCGAGCUGCAGGCCCGAGGUCUCUCUCCACAGUGGGUCUUCAGUGCUCGUGGGGAUUAUCAUCGGGCAGCUGAGACUCUGAGAGAGGCCAUCCUCAACAGCGACGUGCAGGAUGAAAGAAUGACUCGACUCUACAACACACGCAUCAUGAGGGUGGAGUACUACUUCCUCUCCCAGUAUGUGUCAGUAGUGGAGACACCCUUCCGUCACGUCCUGCACGGCCGAGGGGAGCACACGCUGAGUGCGCUCACAGAGCACCUGUCCCUGUUGCGCUCAAACCCACGUCUGUUUGAUGAGGCACGCUUCCGCAGGCAGCUGGCCCUCCUCACCUGGACCUUGCAGGGUGCGGCUAAUGCUCUGAGUGGAGAUGUCUGGAACAUCGACAAUACAUUCUAACUUGACCCACAGCUGAACCACACCCCACUGACUGCUCGUUUCACACUUUACUGGAACGUUAGUCCACAUCUUUAUUUCUGACUCAUACAUACGGCUUACUGACCGACUGAACUAUUGUUGAUUCCAGCUUCAAGAAUGACUACUAUACCUUUAACUGACAUUUGGAUGAUUGACAUACUGAUACUGCUAGUACUACACAUUGACUGAAGAUGAAUGGGUCCCUAUUUAUAAAGUGAUUGAAUAACAGUCCUUACCACAGAAAGGUUUGUAAACUGAAUCAACUAGGUGCUCACCAUUAUGUUUGGCAAGUUAAUUUUUUGUUGAAAUUUUCAGUUUUGUUUAAAUGUUUAAUAAGUGACCCCAGGGAGAAUGUUUUAAUACAUUAAUUAUGCACACAGCAUUCAGAUGGCCCAUACAAGGCAGGGGCCUGAUUCACCCCCACCCCUGAAGUCACUCACUUGAGUUUGUGUGAACAUGCUAUGUUGGCAGGUGUUCCAAAUCUUCUGCAUCUUAAGGUGCACAUUUCAAAAAGGAGGAAGGGGGGAUUUUAGCACCUAAUAUCAGCAUCAGGCUGUCAAAUCCCCCUUCAUUGAAUAAACAAGUUCAGCAUACAAGCUUAGAAGUGAAGGGCUACCCCCAGGGCUGGCCUGACACAUAAACAAACUAAGCAGCUGCUUAGGGCCCCCGUGGCCACCAGAGGGCCCCCAAGAGCACUUUUAAUGUCCCAUAAGAGAGCUUGAAAUGUUUUUUUUUUUGUGUGAUAUAUUUAGGGUUGUCAAAAUAAUGCAUUAAUUUCGAUUAAAGAAAAAAUAACGCGUCAAAAACAUUAACGCAGAUUAAGCACACUCUAUGAUGCCCCUUG